GUGGUGGUUGGGCUACAUUUGUCCCUGCACGGUCGCGUACGAUCGCAGUCGGCAUCCGUCCUUCGAGCGGCCACGAUCGCUCAACCAAACCGAGCCGAAAGGAAUCGAGUCCGAAAAAACCCGACUUAGUGAGCGUGAGUCGUGUGAGUGUGGGUCGAGUGAGCGAGUAGUAAAUUUUCGGUACGCGCCGUCGUUCCAACAAUUGCAACGCAAGUGCGUCGUGCCCUGGAAGCUAAGCCGCUAAACGUGAACGUGACAGCAGCGAGAGUGGUUUCACACCGGGUUGCGUACUCACUCGGUCGGUCCCUACGAUCGGAGGGUAACUCGCCGUGUGCGUGAGUGCAAUAAGAUUGUUUACCUUUUUGUUUUCGGUUCCGUUUUGUGUGUGUGUGUGUGUGUGUGUGAACCCCCUGAGGAACAGCAUAUCCGUCGGUGCAAUAUAUGCAAUCGUCCUUCCGCAGAAAAAAAGGGUCACCGACUAGACGACACGAUCGCGUGCGUGAAUCGAGCCGACUAACUCUCUCGCGGCCUCUCACGACGACAGCAGAAAAGCCGCCGGCUCACGUAAGUGCCCCGGGUGUGAGUCGGUACCAUACUAACCGAAUCGCUUCGCAGUCCAGCCGCAGUCUCGUUUAAAGACUCGCAGACCACGGCGACGAACGCUCGUGUCGUUCGCUCGUCCCCAAAAUUUAUCCGAGGGCCUCUAAACACAACCAGCCAGUGUUGUGGGAAAGUGAAAGUGAAAGUGAAUUAUUUGCGUUAGACGAAAAGGAGUGUUGAGAGAGACCAACCAGAAAUCGAUAAGAACGAACGAAUUGCAUACAACCGGCAUCCAGCCAACUCUUCUCGCGGCCACCACGUGCGUGCAUCUGAAGCGAGGCCAGCACGCCUAGCUCGGGGCUGUGCGUGCAUGCACAUUGCGGCCGGUUGCAUAAUUUCAACCACAACCUCGCUCUCGUUUCUGGUUUCUGGUUUUCCACCCCGAAAACCAAACGCACACACACACACACUAAGGGCUACCAGCGCGAUUGUGCCAUUGGCGUGAGGUGGUGCAUCAGUUGCUUUUUUAUUGCACGCGUUACCAUUCGAAAAUAGCGAACCGCAAACACAGCCUGAACAACAAAAUCCGCGAAUUGGUGUCAACCCAACUACCCAGCUGUCUGACGUGAAUCGUGUAGUGUGUAGCGGCGUUUUUUUUCUGCGAUAGUGAAAGUGAAUUCAUUCGAUUGUUGGUGGUUGCUUUCCUGUUUCGGUUUAGGGGAAAACCCCAAAAAAUUUCCACCGAUCUAACUUCACUAUAGUUACCAGCAGCCGGAGUACACGACCAGGUCCGGGAAUGCGUGGAGUUGUGAGUGAGUGGAACGGUCCAGAGUGUUGUUAAAGUUAGGAAUUGAAGUGUAAAGUCAGUAGAAACGUUGUUGGAGGAAGUAGAGAGUGCAAGUGGUGGGAAAGCUCGUGUAACUUCCAUUUCUGUACCCAAGAGAGGACACAUCCGGCUUGCCGAACCGCCAUCAAGAUGGUCGCGAAAGGUGUCCGAAAUCAGUACCUAGCAACGUACUGCGCGAAUCUCGCCACACUUAUCUACGGUCUGUCGAUAGGAUGGCUGUCGCCCAACCUGGUCCUGAUGUCCUCGGACGAGACGCCGUUGGUGACGGGAAAGAUCAGCAGCGAGGAACAGGGCACCAUCGGAUCGAUCGGCACGAUCGGUUGCAUGCUGGCUCCGCUCGUGUGUGGCUGGGUGGCCGAAAUCGCUGGACGAAAGUCCGCCCUCAUGCUGAUCGGUGUGACGCAGCUGAUCAGCUGGGCCGUGAUGCCGUUCGCCACCAAACUGUCCGUCAUCUAUGCGUCCCGCAUAUUCGGUGGAUUUGCGGGCGGUGGAACUCUGUCCAUUGUGCCAUUGUUUGUGUCGGAGAUAUCGGAGGAUAGAAUACGAGGAACGCUCGGAACGAUGCUCGCCAUCUCAUGCAACUUUGGAAUCCUGUUAGGAUUCAUCAUAUCUCACUACGUUAAUUGCUGGGCCGUCACGUACCUGGCGCUGCUGAUGUGCGUGGUCUACUCGCUGGGUUGCUGCUUCUUGCCAGAAUCUCCACAGUAUCUGUUUGUCAAGAAAAAGAAAGAGAAAGCGAUAAAGGCAUUGCGGUUCUAUCGCGGAGAGGAAGCCGAAAGUGAAACAUCACAAUUUACCGCUGAGGUAGCACGCUUUAAGGACAUCCACAACGUUGGCCCACUCAAGAAGAAGGACUCCAACCAGAUCCACAUCAAAGAUUUCCUGACCCGAUCCCGCUGGAAGCCGAUCCUGAUCUGCGUCAUCGUGAUCAUGUUCCCGGCCGGGUCCGGCUCGAUACCGCUCAUCACCUACACGGCCACCAUCUUCCAGGAGUCCCAAUCCAACCUUAGCCCAGCGAUGUCCUCGAUCGUGGUGGCCACGUUGCAGCUGAUCGGGUCGUACGUCUCCACCAUGACGGUCGAGAAGGCGGGCCGGCGUGUGCUGCUGGUCGUGUCGACACUCGGCUGUGCGGUCUGCACCAUCACCAUGGGCACGUACACCUUCCUGCAGGAGAUGGACGUCGAGGUGGACUACUUCCGGUGGGUGCCGGUCGCCAGCAUGUCCGCACUAGUCUUCAUCAAUGCCAUCGGUAUCGGUAUUGUGCCAUUCAUCAUCAUGACCGAGAUCCUGGACCCGAAGAUCCGCGGCUCGGUCGUCACCUUCUGUCUGCUGGAGUUUUCCGGCGUCGCGUACCUAGUCGUCAAGUACUUCCCGAUCGCGGUCGAGCAGCUCGGGAUGUACACCUGCAUGUGGUUCUUCUCGUGCUGCUGCGUCGCGUCCGCCGCCUUCGUGCUCACCUGCAUGCCGGAGACGAAGGGCAAGAACUUCGAGCAGAUCUCCGAAUCUCUGAACGGUGGCAAGAAGGCCGGCCACAAGGACGUCGCCCCGACGCCCGUCUGACACACGGCCUAACGUGCGACGGAACCGACGCGUGCGGCUCCUUGCGCUACUGUACGUUUAAAGCAGAUCGUUUGUUUUCGUUAUGUUUUAUAUCCUUGUACGAAUUACUUCCUGAAGCAUCUUGAAUUGUAUUAUACACUCCUUUCUUUCAUGACAAUGGGCAUACUUGUCUUGCUAACUGAGUCGAAGUAUGCAAAACCAGCAGCAAACCAGCAUAUGAAUAAAAAAACACACAAACCAAGAAAAACCACCCUCACGUGAUGCGCAACGCAUCCGGUGUGGUAAGCCGUUAGGUGGUAGGUUGUUGAUGUCCUCUAUUCAGGAGGACACUACCGACAUCGACGAAGAAACAAACACACACAACUAUUCUAGAAUCAAAAAAAGAUAUGAUACGGUACAAUAAUUAAGUGUAGUAGAUAGCGAAGAAGCAUUUAGGAGAUUGAAACUGAACACGACAGGGACAAAACGAAUGCUCCCGUUGGCGAUAGGGAGCUAGUUGCGGUUGGCCGAGAAUUGACGAGAGUUAGCCGAGAGGGGAUCUAGUGUAACGGGGGCGAGGGAAGGAUGAUACGAAGGUAAACCAGGUAGGAGCAGCAUUUUGCAAAACCUUUUUACUAAGCUUUAAUAAAGACUAUUUGUUAACCGUUUGCCCGCGUAAUGCACGGGCGAGAAAUACAGUUAUACACCAAUAAACUAAUGGAACCAUUGGCGUUGUAA